CUCUUGUUGCAUCCGGUUGCCUUGUCGCUCGCCGUAGUACAACAAUCCGGAAGUUAACAUCGUGACACUCGUUUCACUCUUCUGGUUUUGGCUCUUCCAAUUUGCCUAAAACCUGACGUUUCUGUUUGUUUUUGGAACUUUCACUUACCUACCGCGAGGGGCAAGUCGGCGUCAUGUUCCUCACCUUAGCGCUGCUGAGGAAAGGCAUCCCCGGGCAUCAGUGGCUCGGAAAGUACCGGCGUCCGCGGGCCGUCACGUGGCACAUGAAGCGCAACAUGGUGAAGCACCUGGAGCGCGAGGCCGCCAACGAAUACUGGCUCAGCCGGCCCUUCAUGACCCAGGAGCAGGAGUUGGGCCACGCCGCCGAGCGCCGACAGCAAAUAUGGCAGCGGUUCAAGGAGUCGAAGUCCAGCAAUUUUCCCCAACACAAGAGCUUCGCCGAUCACCUCAGUCACCUGCAGAUCUCCAAGACCUGGUCCAGUUAAUGCCCCGGUUUGACAUCUGAAGACUUUCAUUUCUGUUCAGUGACACUUUGAACCAGAACUGGAAACCUUGAUCUUGGUAGUCCUUCUGACUCAGUAUGGUAAAUAUGUACAUUGAUCCAAUGUACUCUCAAAGGUUCUCCACAUGUAUCAUUUAUAAUAAAUAAUACUGUGCAUCAUC